AUGUGGUCUACAUCUCCUGCGGAGGUGGUACUCGUUGGACGUGAACAAAGAAAUGGAAAAAGGUUUUGGUCCAACGGUCAAGAAGGUUUCCGGUGGUGGUUGUCAACAAGUCCGGUGGUGUUUCAUUUUCCGAUGUUAGUGCAGCCGGAGAAAAGAUGCUCGAGAGUUAAUCUUUAUGUGCUUUGGAGACCAAAGAAGCAUUCAAUUUGUUCUUCGGUUGUCCCCUUGGCUUUAGCAUUUGAAGAACAAAUAGCUGUGGGUAAAACAGAUUCAAAUUCAGAUGGUGAAAACAAACCAGAAGAUCAGAAAUCAUUGGUUGAAAACAAGGGCAAAAGGGUAGAUACUCGUGCAUUAGCAUGGAGCUUACGAGCUGCAAAAACCGCAGAAGAUGUAGAAACAGUGCUCGGGGACAAAGGUGAUCUUCCUCUUCAAGUUUACUCUACAAUGAUUCGAGGAUUUGGCAAAGAUAAAAGGGUGAAUUCCGCCAUUGCUCUUGUUGAGUGGCUAAAGCUUAGGAAACAGGCUUCCAAAUCCUUUCCCGGUCCUAACCUCUUCAUCUACAACAGCCUUUUGGGCGCCUUGAAACAAGCAGAAGGAUUCGAUCAAGUAGAAAAAAUCAUUACCGAUAUGACCCUCGAGGGUAUAUCUCCCAAUAUCGUGACUUAUAACACGUUAAUGGGGAUUCACUUGGCUCAAGGCCACGAAAUGAAAGCUCUCGAGCUUUUUAAAGAGAUACAAACAAAAGGUUUAUCUCCUUCGCCAGCUUCAUAUUCCACAGCGUUGUUGGCUUACAGAAGAAUGGAAGACGGGUUUGGAGCUCUGGAUUUUUAUGUCGAUUUCAGAAACAAGUAUCAGAAUGGUGAGAUAGGAAAGAACGAUAAGAAUAUAGAUUGGGAUCUUGAGGCUGUGAAGCUAGAAGAUUUUGUGAUACGAAUCAGCUACCAAAUCAUGCGAAGAUGGCUAGUACAGAUCGAGAAUUCCACCAGCAAAGUCUUGAAACUUCUAACUGUUAUGGAUCAGGUCGGUCUAAAAACGGGAAGGUCUGAACAUGAAAAGCUCAUAUGGGCAUGUACCCGUGAAGAUCAUUACAUUGUUGCGAAAGAAUUGUACAAAAGGAUACGAGAGAGUGAUUCAGAAAUAAGCUUAUCGGUUUGCAACCAUGUGAUUUGGUUACUUGGUAAAGCUAAGAAAUGGUGGGCAGCUCUUGAAAUCUACGAAGAUUUGCUAGAUAAAGGACCAAAACCAAACAACAUGUCGUAUGAACUCAUCGUUUCCCAUUUCAAUUUCUUGCUGACUGCUGCCCGGAGGAAGGGGAUUUGGAGAUGGGGUGUUGGAUUACUGAACAAAAUGGAAGAAAAAGGACUAAAACCAGGGAGUAAAGAGUGGAAUUCGGUUCUAAUUGCUUGUUCGAAAGCAUCCGAAGCUUCGGCUGCGAUUCAAAUCUUUACAAGAAUGAUCGAAAACGGUGAAAAGCCCACGAUUAUAUCAUAUGGGGCACUUCUUAGUGCUCUUGAAAAGGGUAAAUUGUAUGAUGAAGCAGUUAGGGUUUGGAAACAUUUGAUUAAAAUGGGCGUAGAGCCGAAUUCAUAUGCGUAUACGAUCAUGGCUUCGAUUUAUGCUGCACAAGGGAAGUUUAAUAUAGUUGAAUCGAUAAUCCGUGAGAUGCCGGUUUCUGGGGUGGAGGUAACGGUGGUUACCUUCAAUGCGAUUAUCAGUGCGUGUGCUCGUAAUAACUACGGUGGUCCGGCGUAUGAAUGGUUUCAGCGUAUGGAGGUGGAGAAUAUUGAAGCUAAUGAGGUUUCAUAUGAGAUGUUGAUUCAGGCACUUGUAAAAGAUGGGAAACCGAAGGUGGCGUAUGAUAUGUAUUUGAAGGGUCGGAGGAAGGGGUUGAGUUUGUCGACGAAAGCUUAUGACACGGUGGUUGAGGCAGCAGUUGACGGUGGUGCGAGUAUUGAUUUGAGUUUGUUGGGGGCUCGGCCACCGGCACCGGCACCGGAAAUUAAGAAAAGGACGGACGUAAAUCAAGAAUACGUGGACAUUGUAAAUGACUAG